GUGGGCGGUAGCGGCGGCUGCGCGCGUGGGGCCCGGGGCGCGGGGCGAGGCCGAAGGGGCGCGCGAGUGGGGCUGCGGUGGGGCUCGGGGGCGCGUCCACGUGGCCAGAGGGCGGUCACCUGGAGCCAGCAGAGGGACAGGCCUGUCCCCCGGCGCGCCUGCCGGCCAUGCCCUCUGUCUGCCUCCUCCUGCUGCUGUUCCUUGCCGUGGGGGGGGCCCUGGGCAGCAGGCCCUUCCGUGCCUUUGUGGUGACAGAUACCAAGCUCACCCACUUGGCCGUGCACCGGGUGACUGGGGAGGUGUUUGUGGGCGCAGUGAACCGAGUCUUUAAGCUGGCCCCCAACCUGACUGAGCUGCGGGCCCAUGUCACGGGGCCCAUCGAGGACAACGCUCGCUGCUACCCACCCCCCAGCAUGCGCGUGUGUGCCCACCGCCUGGCCCCCGUGGACAACAUCAACAAGCUGCUGCUCAUAGACUAUGCGGCCCGCCGCCUGGUGGCCUGCGGCAGCAUCUGGCAGGGUAUCUGCCAGUUCCUGCGCGUGGACGACCUCUUCAAGCUGGGUGAGCCGCACCACCGCAAGGAGCACUACCUGUCGGGGGCCCAGGAGCCCGACUCCAUGGCUGGUGUCAUUGUGGAGCAGGGCCAGGGGCCCAGCAAGCUGUUCGUGGGCACUGCUGUCGAUGGCAAGUCGGAGUACUUCCCCACCUUGAGCUCCCGCAAGCUCAUCAGUGAUGAAGACAGCGUGGACAUGUUCAGUCUCGUGUACCAAGAUGAGUUUGUCUCCUCCCAGAUCAAGAUUCCCUCGGACACGCUGUCCUUGUACCCUGCCUUUGACAUCUACUACAUCUACGGCUUCGUCAGCGCCUCCUUCGUGUACUUCCUGACGCUGCAGCUGGACACCCAGCAGACGCUGCUGGACACAGCGGGCGAGAAAUUCUUCACGUCCAAGAUCGUGCGCAUGUGCGCUGGGGACUCAGAGUUCUACUCAUAUGUGGAAUUCCCCAUCGGCUGCUCCUGGCGUGGUGUGGAGUACCGCUUAGUGCAGAGCGCCCACCUGGCCAAGCCUGGCCUGCUGCUGGCCCAGGCCCUGGGCGUGCCGGCUGACGAGGACAUCCUCUUCACCAUCUUCUCUCAGGGCCAGAAGAACCGAGCCAGCCCACCCCGGCAGACCAUCCUCUGCCUCUUCACUCUCAGCAACAUCAAUGCCCACAUCCGGCGCCGUAUCCAGUCCUGCUAUCGCGGGGAGGGCACCCUGGCCCUGCCCUGGCUGCUGAACAAGGAGCUGCCCUGCAUCAACACUCCCAUGCAGAUCAACGGCAACUUCUGCGGGCUGGUGUUGAACCAGCCUCUGGGAGGCCUGCACGUGAUCGAGGGGCUGCCCCUGCUGGCCGACAGCACCGACGGCAUGGCCAGUGUGGCCGCCUACACCUACCGCCGGCAUUCUGUGGUCUUCAUUGGCACGCGCAGCGGCAGCCUGAAGAAGGUGCGGGUCGAUGGCUCCCAGGAUGCCCACCUGUAUGAGACAGUCCCCGUGGUGGAUGGCAGCCCCAUCCUCCGAGACCUGCUCUUCAGCCCGGACCACCAGCACAUCUAUCUCCUGAGUGAGAAGCAGGUGAGCCAGCUUCCAGUGGAGACCUGUGAGCAGUACCCGAGCUGCACGGCCUGCCUGGGCUCCGGGGACCCACACUGUGGUUGGUGUGUGCUGCAGCACAGGUGCUGCCGCGAAGGGGCCUGUCCGGGCGCCUCUGCCCCGCACGGCUUUGCUGAGGAACUGAACAAGUGUGUCCAGGUGCGGGUCCGGCCCAACAACGUGUCAGUGAUGUCGCCUGGGGUGCAGCUGACCGUCACCCUGCAUAAUGUGCCGGACCUCAGUGCAGGCGUGAGCUGCACCUUCGAGGAGGUGGCAGAGAGUGAGGCGAUCCUGCUGCCCUCUGGUGAACUGCUCUGCCCCUCACCCUCCCUCCAGGAGCUCCGAGCUCUUACCAGAGGGCAUGGGGCCACCCGCACCGUGCGGCUGCAGCUUCUCUCCAAGGAGACAGGCGUGAGGUUCGCCGGUGCUGACUUUGUCUUCUACAAUUGCAGCGUCCUCCAGUCGUGCAUGUCCUGUGUUGGCAGCCCCUACCCCUGCCACUGGUGUAAGUACCGCCACGCUUGUACCAGCCGCCCCCAUGAGUGCUCCUUCCAGGAGGGCAGGGUCCGCAGCCCUGAGGGCUGCCCUGAGAUCCUGCCCAGUGGGGACCUCCUGAUCCCCGUUGGGGUCAUGCAGCCUCUUACCUUGCGGGCUAAGAACCUACCUCAGCCGCAGUCGGGCCAGAAGAACUAUGAGUGCGUGGUGCGGGUGCAGGGGCGGCAGCAGCGGGUGCCUGCCGUGCGCUUCAACAGCAGCAGUGUGCAGUGCCAGAAUGCCUCGUACUCCUAUGAAGGUGAUGAGCAUGGUGACACCGAGCUGGACUUUUCCGUGGUCUGGGAUGGAGACUUCCCCAUAGACAAGCCUCCCAGCUUCCGAGCCCUCCUGUACAAGUGCUGGGCGCAGCGGCCUAGCUGUGGCCUCUGCCUCAAGGCUGAUCCCCGCUUCAACUGUGGCUGGUGCAUCUCAGAGCACAGGUGCCAGCUGCGGACCCACUGCCCAGCCCCAAAGACCAACUGGAUGCAUCUGAGCCAGAAGGGCACCCGGUGCAGCCACCCCCACAUCACGCAGAUCCACCCUCUUGUGGGGCCUAAGGAGGGAGGCACCCGGGUCACCAUCAUGGGUGAGAACCUGGGCCUCUUGUCCCGAGAGGUGGGCCUGCGGGUGGCUGGUGUGCGUUGCAACUCUAUCCCGGCCGAGUACAUCAGUGCUGAGAGGAUCGUGUGUGAGAUGGAGGAGUCGCUGGUGCCCAGCCCACCGCCGGGGCCCGUGGAGCUGUGCGUGGGUGACUGUUCAGCUGACUUCCGCACACAGUCGGAGCAGCUCUACAGCUUCGUGGUGCGUGGCUGCUGGCCCUCCCCCUUCCUGUCCCUUCUCUCUCCCGCAAGGGGCGUGUGGAGCAGCCCAGCCUGGCUCCUCCCUUCAGGGCAGCUUCUCCCACAGACCCCAACAUUUGACCAAGUGAGUCCCAGCCGUGGCCCGGCGUCAGGGGGCACACGGCUCACCAUCUCAGGCAGCUCUCUGGAUGCUGGCAGCAGGGUCACAGUGACUGUGAGGGACAGCGAGUGCCAGUUCGUAAGGAGAGAUGCCAAGGCGAUCGUGUGCAUCUCACCCGUCUCCACCCUGGGCCCCAGCCAGGCCCCCAUCACACUUGCCAUUGACCGGGCUAACAUCUCCAGCCCCGGAGUCCUCUAUACCUACACUCAGGACCCGACCGUCACCCGCCUUGAGCCCACCUGGAGCAUCAUCAACGGAAGCACCGCCAUCACUGUGAGCGGGACACACCUGCUGACGGUCCAGGAGCCCCGGGUCCGUGCCAAGUACCGCGGCAUCGAGACCACCAACACAUGUCAGGUGAUCAACGACACUGCCAUGCUGUGUAAGGCCCCCGGCAUCUUUCUUGGGCAGCCCCAGCCUCAGGCGCAAGGCGAGCACCCUGAUGAGUUUGGUUUCCUGCUGGACCACGUGCAAACCGCCCGCUCCCUCAACCGCUCCUCCUUUACCUACUACCCUGACCCCAGCUUUGAGCCGCUGGGGCCCUCUGGUGUGCUGGAUGUCAAACCGGGCUCCCACGUGGUGCUGAAGGGCAGGAACCUGAUUCCCGCAGCAGCCGGCAGCUCCCGCCUCAACUACACUGUGCUGAUAGGAGGCCAGCCGUGUGCGCUCACUGUCUCGGACACACAACUCCUGUGCGACUCACCCAGCCAGACUGGCCGGCAGCCUGUCAUGGUGCUGGUGGGUGGCCUGGAGUUCUGGCUGGGCACCUUGCACAUCUCGGCAGAGCGGGCACUGACCCUACCGGCCAUGAUGGGGCUGGCAGGGGGGGGCGGGCUCCUGCUGCUGGCCAUCACAGCUGUGCUGGUGGCCUACAAGCGCAAGACUCAGGACGCGGACCGCACCCUCAAGCGCCUGCAGCUGCAGAUGGACAACCUGGAAUCCCGUGUGGCUCUGGAGUGCAAGGAAGCUUUUGCAGAGCUGCAGACAGACAUCAACGAGCUGACUAACCACAUGGACGAGGUGCAGAUCCCCUUCCUGGACUACCGGACCUAUGCCGUGCGCGUGCUCUUCCCGGGCAUCGAGGCCCACCCGGUGCUCAAGGAGCUGGACACGCCACCCAAUAUGGAGAAGGCCCUGCGCCUCUUCGGGCAGCUGCUGCACAGCCGCGCCUUCGUGCUUACCUUCAUCCACACGCUGGAAGCCCAGAGCAGCUUCUCCAUGCGCGACCGCGGCACCGUGGCCUCGCUCACCAUGGUGGCCCUGCAGAGCCGGCUCGACUAUGCCACGGGGCUGCUCAAGCAACUGCUGGCUGACCUCAUCGAGAAAAACCUGGAGAGUAAAAACCAUCCCAAGCUGCUGCUACGCAGGACAGAGUCAGUGGCUGAGAAGAUGCUUACCAACUGGUUCACGUUCCUGCUGCAUAAGUUUCUGAAGGAAUGUGCUGGGGAGCCUCUCUUCCUGCUUUACUGCGCCAUCAAGCAGCAGAUGGAGAAGGGCCCAAUCGAUGCCAUCACGGGCGAGGCGCGAUACUCCCUGAGCGAGGACAAGUUGAUCCGGCAGCAGAUUGACUACAAGACACUGACCCUGCACUGCGUGUGUCCGGAGAACGAGGGCAGUGCCCAAGUCCCAGUGAAGGUUCUCAACUGUGACAGCAUCACCCAGGCCAAAGAUAAGCUGCUGGACACUGUGUACAAGGGCAUUCCGUACUCCCAGCGCCCCAAAGCUGAGGACAUGGACCUGGAGUGGCGCCAGGGCCGCAUGACUCGCAUCAUCCUCCAGGAUGAGGAUGUCACCACCAAGAUCGAGUGUGACUGGAAGAGGCUCAACUCACUGGCCCACUACCAGGUGACAGAUGGUUCCUUGGUGGCACUGGUGCCCAAACAAGUAUCUGCCUAUAACAUGGCCAACUCCUUCACCUUCACCCGCUCCCUCAGCCGCUACGAGAGCUUGCUCCGCACAGCCAGCAGCCCUGAUAGCCUCCGCUCACGGGCACCCAUGAUCACGCCUGACCAGGAGACGGGCACCAAAUUGUGGCACCUGGUGAAAAACCACGACCAUGCCGACCAUCGUGAGGGGGACCGUGGCAGCAAGAUGGUCUCCGAGAUCUACCUGACACGGCUGCUGGCCACCAAGGGCACACUGCAGAAGUUCGUGGAUGACCUCUUUGAGACAGUGUUCAGCACAGCCCACCGGGGCUCAGCCCUGCCCCUGGCCAUCAAGUACAUGUUCGACUUCCUGGACGAGCAGGCCGACCAGCGCCAGAUCAGCGACCCCGACGUGCGCCACACCUGGAAGAGCAACUGCCUGCCGCUGCGCUUCUGGGUGAAUGUGAUCAAGAACCCGCAGUUCGUGUUCGACAUCCACAAGAACAGCAUCACGGAUGCCUGCCUGUCGGUGGUAGCCCAGACCUUCAUGGACUCCUGCUCCACAUCCGAGCACCGCCUGGGGAAGGACUCGCCCUCCAACAAACUACUCUAUGCCAAGGACAUCCCCAACUACAAGAGCUGGGUGGAGAGGUAUUAUCGAGACAUUGCAAAGAUGGCAUCCAUCAGCGACCAGGACAUGGAUGCUUACCUGGUGGAGCAGUCCCGCCUCCAUGCCAACGACUUCAAUGUCCUGAGUGCACUCAGCGAGCUCUAUUUCUAUGUCACCAAGUACCGCCAGGAGAUUCUCACGGCUCUGGAUCGAGAUGCCUCUUGUCGGAAGCAUAAGUUACGGCAGAAACUGGAACAGAUCAUCAACCUCGUGUCCAGUGACAGCUAAGGGUGGUGGAAUUGGUGAGGAGGGGCUUCUCAGUCCUGAGCCGUCCUCCCAUCCAGGGGAGUGGCUGGCUUGAGCGUGGGUCCCCGGGCUGAGCCCUGGAUUGGGUAUCAUGGAGCAGGUCACCCUGGCCAGGAUGCCCCCAGCACACCCAGGCCCCCUUCAUUAGUGCCUUGCUUUGGGCCCUGCAGGGGGAGGGGUGACAGGAUGAGCCCCCAUCCCAGCAGCAGCAAUACCCCCACCCUCCUGCCCUGUGCCCAGGUGUUGGGACAGACCCGCCCUCCCUGCUAUUUAUAUCCCUCUGCCUAUUUAUUGAAUCAAACUCCGCCUCCGUCUCCAUCUGUAAAUAUGUGUCCCCCACGGGAUGUCGCCAGCCUCACUCACCUGCCUGUUCUUGAGCUGUCCUGGGCCCUGCCACCCGUCUGGGCUCCUUUGUGUAGCAUUAUCAGCCUUGGUCUGGCCUCUGGCACCUCAACCCUGCCAUGGCUGACCCCACCCAUUCCAAGGCAGGGUCACAGUACCAGUGGCACUUGGGGUGAGGUCUCCAAAGCUUCCUCAGAAUUGUGGCUGUGCCACACUGGGCCACAGGGUCCCUCCCCCUCAAGCACCUUGGGGCCCUCUUCUCGCUGAGCAUCUGGAGGACUGGACCCAGGCUUGUGCCAGGGCCUGACUUAGGCCUAGGGGCCCCAGAAUGCUGCUCCUCCUGAGCCUACUGCCAAAUGUCCUCAGUGUUGUCUGCACCUGCUCUGACUCACUCAGCCGCCCCAUUCAGCGCCCGCUCCGUCCAGCGCCCGCCCUGAGGGGCCAAGGCGGCCGUGCCUUACUAUUCCGUGUCUUCUGCCUCCUCUGAGGAAUCUGACCCUGUCUCACGGUCCCAGACCCCCCAUUCUCUCCUCUUAGUUGCAUGAGUUUUUCUUUGUUCAUGGAAUGUUUUUUCCUAAUUAAAUGUUGGGAAAAUGUC